CAUCCGGUCUGGCUCAGCGAGGAACCUGGAUGGAAACAACAGAUAUCCCUCUUGACUGCUGCGCGUCUUUGACACAUCCUGUCGUGAGCGGAAGUGUCUGGGAUAUUCCGUUCAGUUCAUCCAUCCAAAACAGUCGUUUGUAAAAAAAAAAAAAAAAAAAAAAAGGAGACGGGGCCAGCUCGGUCUACAUCUCUUCCCACACCAACACCAACACCAUCACCAUCAUCUUCAUCAGCUUGGCUCACCAUUUACACAUCUAGCAGCACGGGACAUGCGCUCUCAGGUCUGCGCAAUCGACGUGAACGCCUGCUCGGACACGGAAAAGGAUUAAGUUACUGCUACUGCUGCCCGAGGAUUAUUUUAUUGGCCUCCUGUCACGCCCGAGUCUGUCCGUGGUGAUCCUUUUUCCAAUUAAGAGAGAUCGCUCAAAAGUCAGAUAUGUCUUUCCGGCGAGGUGUGGUUAGGCAGAGCAAGUUUCGCCACGUCUUCGCCCAGGCGUGGAAAGCCGAGCACUGCAUCGACGACGUCCGAGUGUCCCGUGUGACGUGGGACACUCAGCUCUGUGCCGUCAACCCCAAAUUCAUCGCUGUCAUUGUGGAAGCCGGUGGAGGAGGGAGCUUCCUCGUCGUUCCGAUCAACAAGAGCGGCAGGAUCGAUCAGUCCUGUCCCACAGUGUGCGGCCAUGCAGCGCCGGUGCUCGACAUCCAGUGGUCUCCUCACGAUGACAACAUCAUCGCAAGUGCCUCAGAAGAUUGCACAGUAAAGCUGUGGCAGAUCCCAGAUGGGGGCUUAACAAGUCCCAUGACCGAGCCCAUUGUGACCCUCGAGGGACACAGUAAAAGAGUGGGCAUCCUGGCUUGGCACCCAACUGCCUUCAACAUCCUCCUAACUGCAGGCUGUGAUAACGUGGUGUGUGUGUGGAACGUGGGCACGGGGGAGCUUGUGUACCAGCUGGGCGAUGCUCACCCAGACCUGAUCUACAGCGUCAGCUGGAAUAAGGAUGGAAGUGCCGUGUGUACAGUCUGCAAGGACAAAGCCCUGCGCGUCAUUGACCCACGAAGAGGCACUGUGCUAAAGGUGAAGGAGAAGGUCCAUGAUGGCACCAGACCAAUGAGAGCAGUGUUCCUCUCAGAUGGGAAGAUCCUGACCACAGGAUUCAGCCGUAUGAGUGAGAGACAGAUGGCCCUGUGGGAUACAAAAGAUCUCUCUGAGCCAAUGGCUGUACAGGAGAUGGAUACAAGUAACGGGGUUCUUCUACCCUUUUAUGACCCUGACACAAACAUGGUGUAUCUAUGUGGAAAGGGGGAUUGCACCAUCCGGUAUUUUGAAGUGACAGAUGAAUCCCCAUAUGUUCACUUCCUCAGCUUAUACAGCAGCAAGGAGCCUCAGAGAGGUGCAGGCUUCCUGAGUAAAAGAGGUGUGGAUGUCAACAAGUGCGAAAUCGCCAGAUUCUACAAACUGCAUGAAAGGAAGGUUGAACCCAUUUCUAUGACUGUACCACGAAAGUCAGAUCUGUUCCAGGGAGACCUUUACCCCGACACUGCUGGCUCGGAGCCCGCUCUCCUGGCUGACGAGUGGAUCGCUGGGCAGGAUGCACAGCCCCUGUUGGUCUCCCUGAGUGGCGGGUACUCGGCUCCUCCAUCUAAGCACAGAGACCCCCUCAGGGGUAAGCCCAAGCUUGUCUCACAGGACUCUGGGACCGGGGCACCUUCAGCAGCCAAUGCAGCAGCCCCAGCGUCUACAUCUACCAUCGCUGCCAAGGAGACAGAAGAAGAGGUGCCACAGCCAAGAGUAGCCACGAGAGAGACAGAUGGAAAUACUGACAGAACGAAGAGAGAAGACGACGUGUUGAACGAGAUAUUGGCAGAAAUGAAAGCCCUGCGUGCUGUCGUUCUCGCUCAGAGCCAGAGAAUCGAGUUGCUGGAGAGGCAGCUGGCUAGGAUCGAGGAUGGAGAUGUAUGAGCAAGGAGGACAACCACUACAUUCAGAGGGCAUUCUUACUAAAUCAAUAGAAUAUAGCCUUACUAGAAACAACAGUACCUUAAGCUGUGUGAGUGGGGGAAUGUAGUGUAGGGUAACGACUACAACUCGGUCAACCAUUGUGUCGUAAAAUGAGACCACAAUUUGUUUCUGUGAUUCUUCUUACAGACUGUGGCAGAGAUUAGAGUGUCAUCUGCAUAGAGUGGUUUCUGUCAUAUGAAGGAGUAUUGUAGCAGUUAUUUGGUGCAUAUAGUGCAGCUUUGCAAAAAUCCAUGUUUAUUUUGAAGGGCUAUGGCACCACGGGCUCAAAUUGCUGCAGAAAGUAGUAACAAGCAGCAUUAUAUUAAAGCAAAUGAAGGAUAACAUAAUAUAGCAAAGCGAUUAAGUACCUCCAAUAUGAUUUUUUUCUUUUCUCUGAAGCACUCAAAUGUAACCAUUAGGGCUAUAUAAUCAGGUAGUUAAAGCUGCUAAACUGUGAUAUAUCAGAUCCCAACUGUUGAACCAUUGUGUAACUUGUGCUUUGUACUUUAUUAAUUUCAUUAAGAUACCAUCUGUAAGGUUAUCGGUAGGAAAAAUCUUCUGAUACACAAAUCAUGACUUUGACCAUGAGAAUUGUGUGAAUGAUAGCCAAUGAGAGUGUAGUUGAAUAUUUAUGUGUACUGUAACUCUGUGUAGUCUUUGCAGUAAAUGAAAUGGUAACACUUGUGAUUUUGUACCUCACGUUGUCGCGAGAGAAUAGCGGCUUCGUGAAGUUUUCUGUAACAUUCCUGAGGCACGAUAAUUGUCCUCUGGAAUCUCUCUUCAAAUUUUUCUGCUUUUUUCCUCUCUUUGGCAUGUGUGGAAAGGCUGCUUUACCACAUACCCCCAAAAGAACCAGGAUUUUGACUGCGUAUUUACCAUGCAGUGCCCUGUACAGUACUUGACACUUCUACGCCUUUUUUCAAAGUGUAAGCAGUGUUCACAGGGCACAAGUUGUGCUGCAUACAAACACUAGUUCCUGUGCAAUUUCACAAAUACACACUAGACUUAUUCAGAAAACCAUUUCAGAAAAGUGCAGCUGCAAAAAAGAGGAAGUUACAAUGAAAAGUGAAACAUUUUUUAUUGUUUGCAAUUGUAUUGUUGUUAAAAGAUAGAAAGCUCUUUUAGAGUUUUGUUGGUUUCUGGGGUUUUGUGGGGUUUUUGCCAUUACAUUUAGAGGCAUAUAUUUGUUACCUACCCAUUAGUCGAUUGUAGUGUAACUAUGGUACAUUCCACAUCAAGCUUAACCUUUAUUACUUAGGUAAUUUAUAUUUCUUUAUGCACUGACCUCUUAAUACUUUAUCUCUGUGGUUGUAAAACCAGUAGCAGGUCAAAUGAGACUGCAAUGUGAAAACUCAAUAAACA